UGUGAACCUGAUUUGGGAGAGGAGCUUCAACACUGAACUACAGCUUCGACUACACAACUGCACAAGAUGUCUGCUGAGCUCCUCUCUGUGAGUCAACCACGUGGGAAUAAUGGAAGUCUUCAAGGCACCACUGUGGGGGCCGGAAAACCUAUACACCGCUUCUUGAAAGGGCAACCCAAAAUUCUUGGCACCAUUGUGUUGAUCUUGGGUGCAUCCUUUUUUAUUUUCUCCAUUGUGAUCACGGCAGACUCCCACAGGAGAUACAUGUGGACAGUCAUCCCUCCUAUCUUCCUGAUGGGAUCGCUGUUAAUCAUAUGUGGGAUUAUGUAUGUUUUGACAGAACACAACCCCACCAAGAAAACAGUAACUAUCUCGUUAUCGCUGAGCAUUGUUUCCAUACUGGUAACAUGUUGGACUUUGAUGCAAAUCCUGCCUGACAUAGCACUGUACCACUACCACGAAAUGUAUUUUUUUCAUGAAAACUAUACAGAGGCUGAAACAACAUGGUCAGUAAAUUACAUGCACAUGGGAUUGGCUUUGGAAGCAGUCUUUGUGUUCUACACUUUGGUUGGAGCUGUUAUUUUAAUUGUAAUGUCAGUUUUGGCUGGGGCCGCCCUGCGUUCCACAAAAACUCAAGCUGUUGUAAUGAUGACUACUGCAUCGACUGAAACACCAACUGAAUAAGAAGUACAAGAGGUCUGCCUGUACUACAAAAAAAAUCAAGAGAAGAAAUAUGAAGCAUACAAAGACACAGAAUCAUCUCUUUGUGAACAUAACAGGAUAUUAGACACUAAAUAAUAAUCACUUCUCAUUAACAUGUUGUUGUCAUUGUUUAUGAUGCAAUGCAGUAAUAUGUAUGUAUACAAUAUAAUCUCAUGCAGUCAUAUUACUUUCUCCAUAAUAGUGUUUGCACUGUAUCCAAGUGAUGGAGGAAACAAAACUUGCUCCAUGUUGUUUUAAAUUCAUCGAAACAACCAAAAUAGUCAAGGGCAGUGUUAAAGUGAGGUGAAAUUGCUAAUGCUCCUUUUUCUUUUUUUUUUUUACAAGAAACAAUAACCAGAAUUCAAAACCCUAUACUAAGGCAAAAAUCUUUGCUAGGGGGCGAUGGAGCAAUACUAACAUAAGCAUGAUCAAUAAGAAACCAAUGUAUAUCAAAAGGUAAUGGUUCAUAUUCCAUGUCAUGAUGACCUCUGUAAGAUAAAAUGUUGAUAUUUUACUGAAUAAACCAAAUUUUAUGAAAAGCAUUUUAAGUUAUCAGUCCAGUUUACCUUAAUGUAUCAGACAUUGUCAUUUAUGUCCUAACCCUAACCCCUAAUCUACCAGCUUAUUAGUUGAUAUGAUGAUCUCCUUAAAUUAAAUCUCACAUUGAGCAGACACAGUUUUUUAGUCUAUUAUG